GGGGCUUUAGCUAAACGAUUGCGAACAGCGUGGAUAAGAUGAGAUGCAGAGGCGUGAAAAGGCUUCAAUGAUGCGACGACAACGCCUUCCGGAAGUACCAAUUUCAAAAUAAAGGGGUCUGGCAGCGAAUUUAAUUUCUGAAAUAGUUUUGCUAUAUUCUCUACCUGACCCAUUCCCCAGGGGUUAAAUUGGGGCGGAACGGCGAACAGGUGCGGAAAUCUGUGACUGGAGGUCGCUGGACUCUCUGGAGGGGACAAACAACUCAUAUAAUAAAAUAAAAUAUAAAACGUGAUUUGAUACCUAGCUUUUCGUUUUACUUGUAGUCAGAACUGUAUUUCCUGUGGCUGGCAAACUGCGAUAGUGAGUUGGGGACUGUUGAUUGAGCACCAGCUGAUGCUCAUUGUAGAUCUGCAGUGCGAAUGCUGUGUAAUCUAAAGAGUAUAUAAGUGGAGAAGAAGCAAUGCUGAGGGGCUGACGGAAAAUGCGUUUCACUCUUUGUCCUGAUCCAGAAUCGUUGUCUCUGGUGGAGUUUGUUGUGACCAUGUGUGGUUUAUCUCUUUCAACUUGGUGAAUGCAUGGCUUGAUUGCCAGUUUAACCAGGAGUGUGCAAAUCUUCAAGAGUCAUUGACUUUUAAUGAUUUUGAUGUUUUUCUUUUGUUUAUACAUGCAUCUUAUGUAUAAUACUUUAUUUGUUAUAAUUUUAGGAAGUGGUAGGGGGAGGGUGCCAUUUUCUUUGAACACUACCUUAGUUAAUGUUUUUUUGUUAGUUAAGGAGAGAGCUUAGUUUCUGUUGUUUAUUUCUUUUUCUUUUGAUACAGGUUAUUUAAGUUACCUGGGCAGUUAGAAAGUUUGUUUGUUUUGUUGGCCUUGCCCUCUCCUGAAUAAAUACUUCCUUUUUGGUUAUUCUCUUUUGUUUGCAAAAUAAAAAUAUAUUAUUUUGCACAAUCUGGUGUUUGGUGCUUUCUGGAUCAGGGGAUUGAAGUGACCGUCAGUCUAACAAUUUUGAUACAACCUCGUUUUACCCCUGGACGUUAUCGGGGCUCGUAACAAGUGGGGGCUCGUCUGUGAUUAGAUUAUGGUGAGUAGUACCUUUUUCUUUCUCAUGUUUUUACUGUUUUCACACAUCGGUGGGAGGAGAGUAGGAGGGGGAGAUGCGAAUAAUGGAUUUCGAUUUAACAGCUUUUACUCUUGCACCCACGACUGAAGUAUUUAAUAGUUGUAGAAGGAAGGACUUAAUUUUAAUCGCUGAUUUCUUUGAUAUUCAGAUUCCAAGAGAGUCCACUAAACAACAAAUUAAGGAAAGUCUUUAUGAGAGGUUAAUAAUAGAAGGUAUUCUACCUGUUCAUUCUAGUGAAGAUGACGAUGUUGUUGAGCUUCAGUCUACUGGGUUAGAGGAGGCUGAAACAGAGGAGGUUAUGGCUCAAGAAGGAAUGCAAAAGUUUAGUUCUGUGACUCAAGAUUCAAUGAUCGCUUUAAAGUUAAAAGAGAUGGAUCUUUUAAUUAGGAAGCAAGAAUGCGAAGCAGAGAUGAUUCGGUUUCGUAUGUUAGAAAAACAGACAGAAAGAGAUCUUGAAAUGCGUAGACUGGAUUUAGAAGCUCAGCGUUUGGCCCGGAGGCCAGUGCCACUUCCACGUACGCAGCAUAGUUCGGUAUCUUCCCCUGUAGUUGUCAAAUAGUACGGUAACUGAGGAUUUUUCUCACGCUGCUUCAGGUGAUGCAUUUGAUGUUAGUAGGUAUAUUCGACUUGUACCCCUGUUUAGGGAAGCAGAGGUCGAUUCUUACUUUAUUGCAUUUGAACGAAUAGCGGGUAAACUGAAAUGGCCGAAGAGAUGUGGGCUUUGCUGUUACAAUGCAGUCUCACAGGGAAAGCUCAGGAAGUUUGCUCAGCAUUACCUAUUGAAGAUUCCCUUGACUAUGAAACUGUAAAGACCGCUGUUUUGCGGGCAUAUGAGUUGGUUCCAGAGGCCUAUCGACAAAAGUUUCGUGCGCAUGUGAAAACAGUCAAACAAACGUAUGUGGAGUUCGUGAGAGAGAAAAGAGUACUUUUUGAAAAGUGGUGUCUUUCUAGCAGGGCUACAUCUUUAGAGGGAUUACAGGAGUUAAUCUUGUUAGAAGAAUUUAAAAAUUGCAUUCCAGCUAAUAUUGUUGUUUAUCUAAACGAACAAAAAGUUUCUUCUCUUGCAAAUGCUGCUGUUUUGGCAGAUGAAUUUGUGUUGACACAUAAAAAUGUCUUUUCAUCGGGAGCGACUGUUAAAACUCAGGUAGUGAAUACGGACAGUUACGGACAGCAACGUGUUACUCGUUCGUUUAAAGGUGACAUGACUCGUAAAUCAAAUGGGGGUUUUGAUAAGCGAGUUUGUUUUUUUUGCCUGGAUCCAAGUCAUUUAAUUGGGGAUUGUAAGGCGUGGAAGCAGAAGAUUGGAGCUUCUAAGACUAAAAAUGUUGCUCUUAUUGAGUCUGUAUACACUAAUGCUGUUAGACAAGAGGCUUUUCAGCCUUUUCUGUUUAAGGGUAGAGUAUCAUUAUCAUUUGAUGCAGAGUCUAAACCUGUGACAAUUUUACGUGAUACAGGAGCAGCUCAAUCGUUUAUUUCUGCUGGAAUUUUGCCGUUCUCUGAAACUUCCUUUACUGGUUAUGAGGUUUUAAUACGUGGGAUAGAGAUGCGCUGUGUAAAUGUACCGCUUCAUACAGUCUACUUGAAGUCUGAUAUUGUUACAGGGUUAGUAAAUUUAGCUGUGCGUGAACAGUUACCUGUGGAAGGUGUUGACCUAAUUCUUGGGAAUGACCUUGUGGGUGGCAGUGUCUUUCCUACACCGAUUGUGACUUAUCUACCUGAUACUUCUCAAAAUGUUGAGUUAGUUGAAAAGUUUCCUUCCGUGUUUCCCACUUGUGUGGUUACUCGUGCUCAGGCACAGAAGUUCAAGGAAGUGGUAGAUUUGUCAAACUCAUUUAUGGCUGAUGAUGUGUUUAAAGCUGUAGAAUGUGUUUUGCUGGUGCCCCCAGAUCCUGACAUUACUCUACCCUCUGUGGGGGAGGAGGAGACUGUUAAGGAGACAACUUUGAAGGUGGGUAGGGACUCUUUAGCUGCGGCACAGAGAGUAGACCCUUCAUUGGCCGGAUGUAUAAAGGCUGCUGGAAAUAAUGCUUAUAACUCCAAACCAGGGGUAGAUUAUUUUUGGGAAGAGGGCCUUUUAAUGCGCAAAUGGAGCCCGCAGCAAGAGGAGUUAGGGUGGCAGGAGUUGGGGACUGUUGAUUGA